AUGUCAAACAAAUCCAACAAGUCCAACCAGCAAACAAAACCAACAAACCGAACACGACCAACAAGCCAAACAAAACCAACAAGCAAAACAAAUCCAACUAGUCAAACAAGCCAACAAACCCAACACAACAAACCCAACACGCCAAACAAGCCAACACGUCAAACAAAUCCAACAAGUCAAACAAACCCAACAAGUCCAACAAGCGAAACAAGUCCAACAAACCCAACAAGCCAAACAAGUCGAACGUCAAACAAACCCAACAAGUCCAACAAGCCAACACGUCCAACAAGCCAACACGUCAAACAAAGCCAACACGUCAAACAAAUCCAACAAGCCAAACAAGUCAAACAAAACCAACAAACCCAGCAAGCCAAACAAAUCCAACAAGUCAAACAAGCAAACAAAACCAACACGCAAACAAAUCCAACAAGUCAAACAAGCAAACAAAACCAACACGCCAAACAAGCCAACACGUCAAACAAUCCAAACAAACCCAACAAGUCCAACAAGCCAAACAAGUCCAACAACCAAACAAGUCCAACAAGCCAAACAAAACCAACAAGUCCAACAAACCAAACAAGUCAAACAAAACCAACAAACCCAACAAGCCAAACAAAUCCAACAAGCCAACAAAACCAACACGUCCAACAAGCCAACACGUUCAAACAAAGCCAACACGUCAAACAAACCCAACAAGUCCAACAAGCCAAACAAGUCCAACAAGCCAAACAAGUCGAACAAGUCAAACAAACCCAACACGUCCAACAAGCCAACACGUCAAACAAAGCCAACACGUCAAACAAAUCCAACAAGCCAAACAAGUCCAACAAGUCAAACAAAACCAACAAGGCAAACAAAACCAACAAGUCCAACAAACCAAACAAAACCAACAAACCCAACAAGUCAAACAAAUCCAACAAGCCAACAAAACCAACACGUCCAACAAGCCAACACGUCAAACAAAGCCAACACGUCAAACAAACCCAACAAGCCAAACAAGUCCAACAAGUCAAACAAACCCAACAAGUCCAACACGUCCAACAAGCCAACACGUCAAACAAAGCCAACACGUCAAAUCCAACAAGCCAAACAAGUCCAACAAGCCAAACAAAACCAACAAACCCAACAAGUCAAUCAAGGAAACAAAACCAACACGCCAAACAAGCCAACACGUCAAACAAUCCAAACAAACCACAAAACCAACACGCCAAACAAGCCAACACGUCAAACAAUCCAAACAAACCCAACAAGUCCAACAAGCCAAACAAGUCCAACAAGCUGAACAAGUCCAACAAACCCAACAAAACCAACAAGCCAGCACGUCAAACAAAUCCAACAAGCCAAACAAGUCAAACAAACACAACAAGUCAAACAAAACCAAACAAGUCAAACAAACACAACAAGUCAAACAAAACCAAACAAGUCAAACAAAACCAACAAGUCAAACAAAACCAACAAGUCCAACAAACCCAACAAGUCCAACAAACCCAACAAGUCAAACAAACCCAACAAGUCAAACAAAACCAACAAACCCAGCAAGUCCAACAAACCCAACAAGUCCAACAAACCCAACAAGUCAAACAAAACCAACAAGUCCAACAAACCCAACAAGUCAAACAAAACCAACAAGUCAAACAAAACCAACAAGUCAAACAAAACCAACAAGUCAAACAAAACCAACAAACCCAGCAAGUCCAACAAACCCAACAAGUCCAACAAACCAAACAAGUCAAACAAAACCAACAAGUCCAACAAACCCAACAAGUCAAACAAAACCAACAAGUCAAACAAAACCAACAAACCCAACAAGUCCAACAAACCCAACAAGUUCCAACAAACCCAACAAGUCAAACAAAACCAACAAGUCCAACAAGCCAAACAAAACCAACAAACCCAACAAACCAAACAAGUCAAACGAAACCAACAAGUCCAACAAACCCAACAAGUCAAACAAAACAAAACAAGUCCAACAAGUCAAACAAAACCAACAAGUCAAACAAAACCAACAAGUCCAACAAACCCAACAAGUCCAACAAACCCAACAAGUCAAACAAAACCGACAAGUCCAACAAACCCAACAAGUCCAACAAACCCAACAAGUCAAACAAAACCGACAAGUCCAACAAACCCAACAAGUCAAACAAAACCAACAAGUCAAACAAAACCAACAAGUCCAAGAAACCCAACAAGUCAAACAAAAGCAACAAGUCAAACAAAACCAACAAACCCAACAAGUCCAACAAACCCAACAAGUCCAACAAACCCAACAAGUCCAACAAACCCAACAAACCAAACAAGUCAAACAAAUCCAACAAGUCAAACAAAACCAACAAGUCCAACAAAACCAACAAGUCAAACAAAACCAACAAGUCAAACAAAACCAACAAACCCAACAAACGGAAGUUAA